GAAGGUUCUCACUUGGUCUUCUUCCCCAUUUUUCCUCUCUCCUCCUCCUCCUCCUCGAUCUCCCCUUUCCAAGUUUCCCUUGUUCCCUUCUCCCUCUCUCCCUCUCUCCCUCUUCCCGCACCUCCCCGAUCCUCUCCAGUCCCCAUGGAGGACCAUCACCUGAUCUCUCUCGCAUCGCGCUCGGCCGAGGAGGUCAUGGUUGCGAAGGGAAAGGGGAUCGGUGAUUCGGUCGGAUCGGGGGAGGAUUGCGGUGUCUGCGCUAUUUGCUUGGAAAAGAUUGCUCUGCAGGAGAGGGCGCUUGUAAAAGGUUGCGAACACGCUUACUGUGUGACUUGCAUUUUGAGAUGGGCAACAUACAAUGAAAGGCACACUUGUCCUCAGUGUAAGAACCCAUUUGAGUUUCUGAAUGUUCAUCGCUCACUCGAUGGCUGCAUUCAGGAUUACAUGUUUGAGGAGAGUGUUUGUCUCCUACUAAGGGCCCAUUGGUUUGUACCUUCAAUAGUAAAUACUCCAGAAGUAGAGCCUCAGGAAGAGGGUUACGAUCUGUUGGAAGAAUUUCUUCAAAAUGAAGUCAACCAAGAACUGGAUGAUAUUGAACUAGAUGAAAGCUAUUACAUUAGUAGGGCGAGUAUUCGUAUUGGGAAUAGGAGAUGGGGAGGCAAUGGCUAUGUGAGCACCGGAAGGAAAGAAGCACGUCCAGUCGUUCGACAAUGUCAUGAUGAUGCAGCAGAUGCCGGUCCAUCUCAUGGCCUGAAGAAGGAAGUCGUCUCUAAAGACCCCACAGGUAGACGGGCAAAACGAGCAAUGAAACGAGAGGCUGCUGAUAAGGCAGCCGCAGCUAAGCACCAGCUGCAUCUACAAAGGUUUGGCCGUGCGAGCACUUCCUCUUGAAAUGUCAAGUAGUUACUUUUUCAUGGCUGUGUUGAAAUAAUCCAGCAGCACUUGUAUAGUACUCUUAACUUCCUUAUCAGGAAGUUGGAUCAGCUGUGAUCCAGUAGGAUUGUUUUUUUAAAAUCUAGAUAUUCAGCUCUUUAUGACUAA